AUGACAAGUAUUCCUUUGUGGCAAAGAAGAGCUGCAACACCAGGGAUUAUGGAUCAUCCUUCAAAAAAGAAUAUAUUAGCUGAUGUAAAAAAGGAUAACGCACUUGAAAAAAAUAAAUGUGAUUGGACAGAAUGGAUAAUUGUUAGAGAAGGAAAAGGAUCAAGACAACUAGGCAAUCUAGUGAACGGUGUAUAUAAAAUGAAAACAGAUCCAACUGGUUCAUUAAUCGAUAAUUAUUCCAUUAUAGAAGGACGAGAUUCCGAAGAUUUGUAA